AUGGCACACACAACGAGAAAUGGUCGAGCAACAUGUUCUAUAUGUGACAAAGAAAGAAUUGUGUAUAAAUGUACAGGAUGUUCACGAGAUUUUUGUUUCGAUCAUUUAGCAGAACAUCGUCAAACACUUGGUAAAGAAUUCGAUGAAAUCGAAAAUGAUCGUGAUCAGUUUCACCAAACACUGAUUGAACAAAAUGAAGUUCUAAGAAAGCCUCCAUUGAUACAACAAGUUGAUGAAUGGGAGGAAAAUUCAAUUUAUAAAAUUAAACAAACAGCAGAUGAAUGUAGACAAUUAUUAACUGAACAUAAAAAUAAACACUUUAUUGAAAUAGAAAAAAAGUUAUCUCAAUUAACUGAACAAUUAAAAAAAAUCCGUCGAGAGAACGAAUUUAAUGAAAUUGAUUUAGACCGAUUCAAAAUUGAAUUAGCAAAACUAGCAGAAGAACUUGUUCAACUACCAAAUAUUAGGAUUCAACAAGAUUCUACAUCAUUCCUAAAUAGAAUUUCAGUCGUUGUAUCAUCUGAAGUUCGCCAAGAAAAUGAAUUUAACGAAAUUCAUUUAAAUGAGAUUCAAGCAAAAUCAUUAGAAGCAUAUAAUGUACGCCCAAAUAAUUCAAACUCAGAAGAUUCUAAAUCCUUAAUGAAUAAGAAUUCAAUCAUUGUAUCAUCUGGUAAGUGUGGCAAUAACAUCUGA